ACAUUUUACAUUCACUGUUACAUUUAUACUUGAAAAGUCACAAUGGCGGAUAACGAACGGGAUAACUUCCUAAGAGAGCUAAAGAAAAGCGUUUUCGAUUCUCAUCCUGGUGUGGAAGAUCAGAUUUCAGGCGCCUUUAGUGCCCAUGACGUUGUAGGUGAUGGGUUUUUACCCUUUAGCGUCGUAGAGGCGCUUUUGAGACAUUACUUUACUCAAUCAGGAUUAGUUGAGUACAUUUACCCAUUCCUGGACAGUAAUGACCACUUGGACACGGCGGUACUUGCUCCCUUUUUACAGGGCACUCAGUUGGAGUCUUUGGAUGAAGACACCCUUUUAUCCUGUGAGGACAUGAAGACUCUGGCAACAUUGUGGCUCAAGAAGAUUAGCGAGGCAUACAGCCAAGAUGCUUUGGCUGGCAGGAAGAAUGCCUUCAACUGUGUAGUUAGCCCUCCCAGUCAGAGACAGGAGCCGUGCUCAGUGUUGGCACCUUCUGACGAAUUUUUGGACCAAGACGUCGAGGUGGUUGGGCCGUCCCCUCAGGAGAUUGUCGACUCGUACGUAAAUUCGAUCAUGCAAGAGGUUCAGAGGAACAAGUCUGCGGGAAUCGUUUGCUACGCCUACCCGGCUGCACUCACUCCAAACGGGGCAUGCACGAGUGCCGGAGCAGUUUUACCUCACCGUCGUCCAAGAGCAAAGAGAGAAAAGACCAGGUUACUCUUUGGUUGUUGUUAGGUGGGCGAGCAGGUCCAGACAAAAUGGUGGCUAUAAAGCCC